AUGACCACACACGCAAAGAAGGGAAUCAUCAAACCCAAUUCCAAGUACGUUAUUGCCAUCUCCAAACUCGAUGUUGAACCACAGACUGUGCUUCAAGCUCUAGCUGAUGACAAAUGGCGAGCUUCUAUAUCUGACAAAUUCAAUGCCCAACUACACUACCGUACAUGGUCUCUUGUUGCUCCAGCUCUAGGACAAAAUCUCAUGGACACCAAAUGGCUCUUUUGGUUGAAGUACUCACCUGAUGGUCCUGUGAUCAAGGCAACCACUAUUCGUAUUGUUCUUCAGACCGCCGGUCACUAUGGCUGGUCGAUCAAGCAACUCGACGUUAACAACGCCUUUCUCCAAGGCUCCUUAACAAAGGAGGUCUAUGUCUGUAAACCAGAGGGAUUCGUUGAUGCCAACUGA